GGAAAAGAACCAACCGAUCAGCAUAUUAAGCAGGUUUGCAUGAGAGUCAUGCAAGAGCAACUAGCCCAGCUGGCAGCCAGCCUCAGGAGACCAGAAUUUGGCGCUCCAGGUCUCCCUGGCCGACCGGGGCCACCCGGUGCUCCAGGGCCUGCUGGUGAAAACGGCUUCCCAGGACAGCUUGGACCCCGCGGCUUGCCCGGCCUGAAAGGUCCCCCUGGUGAGAUUGGUCGUAAAGGUCCUAAAGGUGAACCAGGAGAAAGAGGAGAAAGAGGAUUUCCAGGCAGAGGACUGAAAGGUUACCCUGGACCAAGAGGGCUUCCAG